AUGGACGCGCCCUCCCCAAACGCCAUCAACCCAUCCGUACCCCGUCAGCGCUCCUCGCCCGCGAACGAACAUUCUCUCGCUCAGUCCCCCAUGUCUCAACAGCAGCCAUACCCGUAUCCCGUCCAGCAGCAGCAGGCGGCUUGGGCCCCGCCUCCCCAGCAGUUCUACCCUCAGUUCUAUCAAAACCCCCAUCAGCAGCCGUACCCGAUGCAUGGCCAUCCUGGCCAUCCUCCGCAGGGACAGAUGCCUUACUACGAUCCUGCCAACGCCCAGCUCGCUCAGUGGGCGUACCAGCAGAUGAUGUUUAACGCACAGCAGCAGGCGCAUCAAAUGUCCCAGAUGAACGGCAUGAACAGUCAACGAGGGCGCAACGGUGGGAACCCAAAUCCCGACUACUUUGCACAGAGCCCUAUGUCUGGCUUCAGCCCGUUCCCCAGUGGCACGCCGCCUCCUCCCCAUCCCUCCCAGCUGCCGAUGGGCUACUCUCCUACUCCUUCCGAGCAGGGUUCCCAGUAUGCAGGCUACCAUCCCUACCGCCGCCCACAGCGUCAAGGUUCGUCCAACCAUGAUCCCGACUGGCGUUCCGGAUCACAGCAUUCCGGACCGUUCAAGCCUCCUUACGCACACGCAGACGCAGCUGGCUCCUCGACUUCGGUCAAUUCUGGCUCUUCUCAAUCUGGUAGUCAACGGCAACGCACAAAUAGCAACCAGGGCCCGAGCGCUGGUGGCAGCGGUUCUGCGCCCUCCCCAGCACACUCACAUUCCAAACAGGCUAGUAGCAGAUCCAACACCUCUGGUUCAACGCCCCCGCCUGCCACCAACGGUGCUGCACCGCCUCCCCGUGUUCACCAACGCACCGGUUCGUCCUCAUCCAACGCAUCUGCCAGGCUCGCUGCACCCUCCACCACUCCGACGUCAUCAAACGCUGCCCCAGUCAACCUGCGAAAACCGUCUCCGUUGUCCCAAGGCACGUUUACGGCGGCCGAGAAACGCAUGUCACGAGACGACAGUGAUCUGGCUGCGAUGCUCGAGACCUCGGGUGGACCUCGGAGUAGCGGUCUGAAAGGGCGGCUACGACGGGCGCUCUCCCUGAAUGCCAACGCGACGCUGCACGAGGAGGCCGACGAGGAUGUGACGACCAGGCUUAAUACUCCUCGCCCAAGCCAGUCCAGCAUCGGCUCGAGCGCGACGCUUGCCAUGGAUGACGGUGACUCGACGGCCACGGUUCAGAAAAAGAAGUCGCGGUCGUUGUUCAACAACAAGUUCAAUCGCUCGACGGACAACAUCUCCCUUUCGUCGACGAUGUCGUCCGCCUCGAUGGUCAUCAGGAAGCUCGGUUCGAUCGGGAAGCUUGCGCGGCGGAACUCGCUCGCGGGCAUCACGUCCCUGUUUAAGGACAAGAAGGACAAGGACGAGGAGGAGGGCGCCACGGGAAAGAAGGACAAAGACAAGAAGAAGAAGAAGGGCGAGAAGGCGGCCGCUGCUGACCCCAGUGUCUCCCAUGUCACCGCUGAGCUUGACCGUUCUGACUGGACCUCGAGCCCGGACAUGGCUGGCCUGAGUCCCGCUGCACGUCUCGCGCGGCAGCACACGCUCAAGACCAACGCCGAGGCGGCUGCAAAGGCCAAGGCUGAGGCUGAGGCCCGGGCCGCCGCGCAGGCUCAGGGUGCGAACUUGCCGACCACUUGGGAGAAGAACACGACGAACAGACAGGGCGAGAACUCCCCCGCCAAGAUCGGGAGCUCGUCGAAGGUUGGUGAAAACGGGAUGCGCGUCGUCGUCGAGCAUGAUGAUUCGGACAGCGGGAGUGACGGUGGGCAUGAUAAUCAUGCUCAGAGCUAUAACAUCGAGGGCUGGGAGGAUGACGAAGACUGGGGCGAGGCACAUGAGGACGAGGAUGUUACUAUCAGGCAGGCGUUGGACAACGCGAGUUUGGAGGAGGAUGAGGACAUGGAGCCUUGGGCUAUCAACGUCCGCCGGAGUAUCGAGCGGACGCGUAAGCCGGCGAAGGGCAUCCUGAAGAAACCCGCAGACGGGACGGACUACACCCAGGACGCCUACCUCCCGCCGAACCCGUCGUUCACGAGGACACGGUCGAACUCGUACGACUCGGCCCCGCCCUCAACAGAGCUGCCGCCGCUCGGUCACCUCCCGGCAUCGGACCCUGCGCAGAUCGAUGGGCUGCACAAAUCUCAUGGAUCGGCCAACGGACACUCUCCGCAGACUUCGACCACCUUCCUUCCUCCUUUGUCGUUCGACUCGAAAGGAUUGGCACUAGAGUCCCCGACGAAGGAAGGUCCGGCCGAGCCCGCCUCCGUGUCGGAGAAGGGUACACUGUUCACCCACCCGAACUCUUCCGCUCCAGCGCUGUCAACCAUAUCCUCGGCCAACCCUCCCACACUCACACAUCGCUCCGCCACGGCGCCUGCGAAGCGUCUGGCGUUCGCAUCGAAUCUGUCCGUGUACGACACCUUCCCGGCAACAGUGUACGACAGGCGUAGCGAGCCCGCGACGUGGAGCAGGUUAACGCCGGCGCUGGCGCAGCGUAUCAAGGAAGAGCUUAACUCGUAUAAGAUGGAGGAGAUGGAGGUGCACGCCGCUAGUCGUGUCCAGUACGUCUCUCUAUCCUUUUUACGCGGUGAUCGUUGCUCAUGCCUUCAUGCUGCCGCAGUACACAAUUCUUUGUAUGACGCGGCGGACGUGAUUUGGUCGUUCUCGUCUCGUGUCGCUUUAAUCUUUUGCUGUCCAUCUUACGCUUGA